CUUACGAAUUAUUCCAUUUUAUUUUGGUUUAUUCCUCCUUUCUCCACAUGAUGGAUACAUUCUCUUGUAAUUCUUAUGAACAAAAUCACGCUCCUUUCGACCGUCACGAUAAUGAUACUGAUAUUGAUGAUCCUGAUCAUGAUCAUCAUGAUGGUGUUCAGCAAGAGGAGAGUGGAUGGACAACUUAUCUUGAAGAUUUCUCAAAUCAAUACAGAACUCAUCAUGAAGAUAACGAUCAUCAAGAUAAGAGUUCGUGUUCGAUUCUGGACGCCUCUCCUUCUCUGGUCUCCGACGCCGCCACUGACGCAUUUUCUGGCCGGAGUUUUCCAGUUAAUUUUCCGGUGAAAUUGAAGUUUGGGAAGGCAAGAACCAAAAAGAUUUGUGAGGAUGAUUCUUUGGAGGAUACAGCUAGCUCUCCGGUUAAUAGCCCUAAGGUCAGUCAGAUUGAACAUAUUCAGACGCCUCCUAGAAAACAUGAGGACUAUGUCUCUUCUAGUUUCGUUAUGGGAAAUAUGAGAGGCAUGGGGGAUCAUCAAAUCCAAAUCCAAGAAGGAGAUGAACAAAAGCUGACGAUGAUGAGGAAUCUCAGAGAAGGAAACAACAGUAACAGUAAUAAUAUGGACUUGAGGACUAGAGGAUUAUGCGUCGUCCCUAUUUCCAUGUUGGGUAAUUUCAAUGGCCGCUUCUGAAUGAUGAGCAAUUCUAGUAAACCCUUGUAAAUUUGGUGGUGUUUAUGUAUGUACCCCAUCUUGCAUAUAUUCGCUUGAUGUGUGUACAUCUUAAUAUGUAUGUGCUUAAUAAAAUAUGUAGUUUACGUUUGUAUAAGUGCAUAUUGGUGGGAUAUUUGUGAAGUACACAACGUAUAUGUUUGUAAACAUAUCUAAGAGCUACUAUCUCAUAAAACUU